AGAGAGAGAAAGAAGGGGGAGGUUGGUGCGUGGGGCGUUCUCCUUCACCUCUGUUUCUCCUCUUCAUCGUGCCGUAACCUCGCAGUCCGUUUGAGAAGACCACAGAGAGAGGAGGAAACCUCGAUCCGGGAGUGGCCYAAGGUGAGUUAAAGAAUGGAGACCUUCAAAGAUCUGCUGCUGAAGCUGCAGGAGACCCACGAGCGAGAAGUGGAAGGGUGGCAGGUAAAAGUUAAAGAACUGUCCAACAAGAAAGGCUGCGACUCGAAGCGAAUGGAGGAGCUUUUCAGCAGAAACCAGCAGAUGAAAGAGCAGCAGAGGUUACUCACCGAGAACAUCAAGACACUGGAAAACAGAUUAAGAGCGGGACUGUGUGAUAGAUGUACGGUGACACAGGAAGUGGCGAAAAGGAAACAGCAGGAGUAUGAAGCCUCGCACAUCCAGAGCCUGCAGCACAUCUCUCUGCUAGCCGGAGAGAUGACGAACCUGAAAAAGGAAAAUCUGAAACUCAAAGACGAACUCAGAAAAAUACGAGCUGCUCAAGAAAAACUCCACGGUGACGCCUCCUCCAACAACGGAGGCGCAGACGUCAAACCCAUCGUCUCCCCCGACCUCUCGCCCUCCCCCGGGGUCGUGGCCCUCCUCAGUCCAGCCGCCAGCAGGACGGCCCCCCUGCCAGCAGAUGGCGACGUGUUGAUAAAAACGGAGGCAGAGCUGAGAGGUGAAGAAGCUGAACGCAGCCGACACUCCAGAGGAACCAGAAGCUUCGAAGUGUUCAAGCCUCAGCCAACUUCAGCAUCAUGGAAGACUGAACACAGUGUCUCCCGUCCAGGAGACAGGAGUGUCGAAGGAUUCGAGCCGCACUCCUCCGUUCCCGUCCAACCUCUUCGAAAGACCUCCUCUUCCUCUGCGGAGGAGAAGCCGAGCCGACACGUGGUCCACGCGCCUAUCCCCUGCCACCCUCAGCCCAUCAAGAACAGCCACAUGUCCCUGCCCUGGACCCUGUCCGAGCCCCCCGGCUGGGUCAACAUGGUCCCUGCGGGGACCGGUCCGGUGACGCCGACCUCUCCCAGACUGCACCUGCCACGAUUCCCCAACCUGGUGCCGCCUGUCUCGCAGGCCAGCGCCAGGAGGCACGGUUUUGUCUCCCCGUGGAAAACAAACUCCCAUCAGCCUCCCGUUAAAGAGCCCACGGUGGUCUUCAAGGUCCGGAGGGUGCCGGAUUACCCCGAGAGCGACGCCAAGACCCCAGAGAAGAAGGAAAGCCCACCUCCCAAGAGUGAGGAAGUCCCUGGAGAAGCGCUGCGGGAGCCCUGCGACGGGCCUCUGGACCUUUCCGACCGAGGGAAGUCGAAAUCCAACCAAUCCCCGAGAGAUUACGCCUCCGUGGUCCCGACAGGCGAGGCAGGAGCGCAGAGGAGUCCCAACAACGGUGUGAACCCACKGGCGCCGCCUUCAGUGGUCAUCCUUCCCUUGCCCCCCGCUUCGACGCCCGCCAAAAAACAGCAAGAGCCAAGCAGUGACAACGAGGUCACAGAGCAGGAUGAGGAAGAGGAUGGUAAAACAGACCAAAGCAACGACAAAAAGGUUCCUGUUCUGACUCUGUCGCUACGGCCAGCUGUUGUGAGGCUGGAGUCCCUGAACUCGUCUCUCCAAAAACCAGAGUCCAUAUCAGCAAACGGAAAGCAGAAGUGUGCGACUGUAGACAGCCCGUGUGUGUCCACGGCGUCCUCCGCUAACGAGAUGGAGAGCAGCUUGGACGAGCAAGAAGACGAGAGCCGGACGGGACAAGAUGGCGCCCAGAGCGGCAAGAGGAAGAGAGCGUCCGUCGAGACGGAGACGGACAGAGACUCGGACACAAACAACCAUCAGGACAGAAGAAUCAAGAUCACAGUGAGAGCUGAGGACAGGAGCCCGAGCUAAAAACAAAAACAAAAAAAACGGACAAAAUAACCUCCAUAAAAACGCUGAACACUCUCCAAACUGUGCAGCUGCCGUCCGGUUCCCACAGGGAGGCAGCAGAACCAACYGAACCUGUUCACCUGCUGCAGACACUUUUAGUUUCUGUGUCCAUCUGAACUGUCCACCUCCAGCUUUGACUAUUUUUAGCUCUGCUUCGCUCUCAGACAGAACUUCAGCUAAACAACAGCUAAAGGUCACUGCGAGGCGCCUUCUUCAGAGGAAAACACUGAAACCGACGCAGACGUCAAAGUUCUGCAACAAACACAUGAGAUUAUUAUAAAUAAGAGCCGUUAGUUAGCAGGGCGGGUGUUUUAUAGCAGAUAUUUCUGGGCUCUGAUKGUGUCGUUUCACUUUAUAAAGGUUUUUCUUCUUUAAGUGGCUCGAGUUGUCAUAAAGAUGCAAAAUAAAACAUCCAUGUAAUUGGACCGUUUUACUGCGCCACGCUGAAUAAAUAAUGACCUGUAAUCAAAAAUAAAAACAUUGAUCAAAACGGU